AUGGCCACAAGGUUGAUGCCAGCCCAAGCUCAGGAGUCUGUGACAUUCAGGGACGUGGCCGUGUUCUUCAGCCAGGACGAGUGGCUGCGCCUGGACUCUGCACAGAGAACCCUGUACCGGGAGGUGAUGCUGGAGAACUACGACACCCUCGUCUCGCUGGGAAUCCUGUUUUCCAAACCAAAGGUCAUCUUCCAGUUACAGCAAGGGGAAGACCCCUGGAUGGUGGAAAAUGGAGUUUCUCAAGGCCCAUGUGUAGGUUGGGAGCGCUUGUUUGAAACUACAGUUUCUGAAGAAGAAAAUCAGGAAGUAAUGAAUAAACUCCUAGGUGACAGUCCUUUUGAUUUCAAGCCAGGGAAAGCCUAUAUAAAUGAGGACAAACUAGAGAAGCAACAAGGCAAAAAGAACAAACCUUUCAGGAAAGUCUUAGUCACCAUCAAAAACACCCACAUGAGGGAGAGGAGCUUUACAAGUGUUGAGCUUGGGAAAAAUGUCAGUCUGAAAUCAUCCCUUAUUAGAAAACCCAGACUCGUUUCCAGAGGAAGGAAACCCCAUUCCCAGCAGUAUUCAGUUCUCUUUAAACAACUGGGAGUCAAUACGGUGCGCAAAUGUUACAAAUGUAACCUCUGUGGGAAAAUCUUCCUCCACAGUUCUUCCCUGAGUAAACACCAGAGAAUCCACACCGGAGAGAAGCUCUACAAAUGCAAGGAAUGUCGGAAAGCUUUCAGCCAAAGCUCCUCUCUCACUCAGCACCUGAGAGUUCACACGGGAGAGAAACCUUACAUCUGCGGCGAAUGUGGGAAAGCCUUCAGUUUCACCACAUCCCUCAUCGGACAUCAGAGGAUGCAUACCGGAGAGAGACCCUAUAAAUGCAACGAGUGUGGCAAGACAUUUAAAGGAAGCUCAUCCCUGAAUAAUCACCAACGAAUUCAUACUGGAGAAAAGCCCUAUAAAUGUAACGAGUGUGGGAGAGCCUUUAGCCAGUGCUCAUCUCUUAUUCAACAUCACAGGAUUCAUACUGGAGAGAAACCCUACGAAUGUAGUCAGUGCGGGAAAGCCUUUACUUCGAUAUCACGGCUAAGUAGACACCAUAGAAUUCAUACUGGAGAGAAACCCUUUAAUUGUAAUGAGUGUGGGAAAGUAUUCAGUUAUCACUCAGCCCUUAUCAUACAUCAGAGGAUCCACACUGGGGAGAAACCUUAUGCAUGUAAGGAAUGCGGGAAAGCCUUCAGCCAAAGCUCUGCUCUGAUACAGCAUCAAAGAAUUCAUACGGGAGAAAAACCCUACAAAUGCAACGAAUGUGGGAAGGCCUUCUCCUGGAUUUCACGGCUUAAUAUACACAAUAGAAUCCAUACCGGAGAGAAACCGUAUAACUGUAAAGAAUGUGGAAAAGCCUUCAGUUCUCACUCAGCGGUUAAUACUCAUCGAAAAAUUCACACUGGAGAGAAACCUUAUAAAUGUAAUGACUGUGAAAAAGCCUUCAACCAAAGCUCAGCUCUCAUUCAGCACCAGAGAAUUCACACUGGAGAGAAACCAUUUAGCUGUAAAGUAUGUGGGAAAGCUUUCCGACAAAGCUCAUCCCUUAUGACGCAUAUGAGGAUUCAUACGGGAGAAAAGCCGUAUAAAUGUAAAGAAUGUGGGAAGGCUUUUAGUCAGAGCUCAUCCCUUACCAAUCAUCAGAGGACUCAUACUGGAGAAAAAACCUACCUUGUCAGCAGUCUGCACUCCCUUGCUAGGAAAACCGACAAGGAGAGAAUGGCUGUGGAUUUGCUGCCCACUAAGGAGUCUGUGACAUUCAGGGACGUGGCCGUGUUCUUCAGCCAGGACGAGUGGCUGCGCCUGGACUCCGCGCAGAGAACCCUGUACCGGGAGGUGAUGCUGGAGAACUACGGCACCCUCGUCUCUCUGGGGAUUCCGUUCUCAAGGCCGAAGGUGAUCUGCCAGUUGCAGGAAGGAGAAGAUCCCUGCGUGGUGGACGGGGAACUCCCUUGGGACGCCUGUCUAGGUCUCAAGACUCGGCCCGAAAUGGAAGCCUUGCCUCCCAGGCAGGGCAUUUCUAGAGAAGAAACAUCUCAGGGAAUAAUAAAGAAAAGGUCCAUUAAGUGUGGUCUCUGGGACACCAAUUUUGGACAAACUUUGGGAUUUGAGAGCGGGACAGAACAGGAGCAACAAAAGAAACCUCUUAGGCAAAUGGUGGCCUCCCACAGAAAAACCGUGAGUGGAGAUGUAAAGCAGACAAGUCUUGAAUUGGGGAAAGGCUUACUUAUAAAUACAAUUCUUGUUACACAGCAGAGUGUUCCUAUAGAAAGGAUACCCAAUAUAUAUUACACCUUUGGGAAAGAUUUUAAACAGAAUUUUGACCUAAUGAGAUGCUUCCAGAUUUACCCAGGAGAAAAACCUCAUAUUUGUCACAAAUGUGGGAAAAGCUUUGCCCAGAGUCUCCAUCUGAUUGAACACCAGAGAAUUCAUACUGGCAAGAAACCCUACAGAUGUGACGAGUGUGGGAAAACCUUUAGCCACAGAUCAUCCCUUCUUGCCCAUCAGAGAAUCCAUACGGGAGAGAAACCUUACAAAUGUAAUGAAUGUGAGAAAGCGUUCAGCAGCAGUUCGACCCUGAUCAAGCAUCUGAGGGUGCACACCGGAGAGAAACCCUAUCACUGCAAGGAAUGUGGGAAAGCCUUCAGCCAGUGUUCAACCCUCACCGUACAUCAGAGAAUUCAUACCGGUGAGAAACUCUAUAAAUGUGCUGAAUGUGAGAAGGCCUUCAAUUGUAGAGCAAAACUUCAUAGACACCAAAGAAUCCACACGGGGGAGAAACCCUAUAAAUGCAGUGAGUGUGGGAAAGGUUACAGCCAGUUUGCAUCCCUGGCUGAACACCAGAGGUUUCAUACUGGGGAGCAGCUGUGUAAGUGCUUGGAAUGCGGGAGAACCUUCACACGCAUCUCAACCCUUCUCGAACACCAGCGAAUUCAUACCGGCCAGAAACCCUAUCAAUGUAACGAGUGUGGGAAAACCUUCAACCAGUAUUCCUCCUUCAAUGAACAUCGUAAAAUUCACACCGGGGAAAAGCUCUAUACUUGUGGAGAAUGUGGGAAAGCCUUUGGUUGCAAAUCCAACCUGUACAGGCACCAGAGAAUUCACACUGGAGAGAAGCCCUACCAGUGCAAUCAGUGUGGGAAGGCCUUCAGCCAAUAUUCUUUCCUCACCGAACACGAGAGAAUCCAUACUGGAGAGAAACUCUACAAGUGUAUGGAGUGUGGGAAGGCCUACAGUUACAGAUCAAACCUGUGCAGACACAAAAAAGUUCACACGAAGGAAAAACUCUAUAAAUGGAAGGAAUAUGGGAAGCCUUUUAUCUACAGCUCCUCCCUUACUCAGUAUCAGAGAUUUCUUAGAGCAGAUAAGCCUGGUGAAGUUUAAUUCUUCUCUCAAAUAAUUCAAGACUCCUCACUGAAGAAUAAUAAAUAGGGCACAGACUCUGGAUUAGAUU